AGACCGUGACUGGACUCACACUCCAGUACAGUAAGCGGCGGUGUGUGCAACUUUCCAGUUUGUUGCGAUCCGCCAAACAAAUGCAAAUAAGAAAACGUAAUUUCCUGUUUCUCAAACCCGUAGUUAUAGUGACACUUGAAUAGCAAAUAACUAUACAUUCUCCCACUAAUCCCUUUGCUCCCAAAAAUGUCUAAACUUCAGCAGCUCAAUGUGUUUCUCAACGAAAAAUUAACAGCAAUUCCUUUGGAGAUAUCUGUAGUAGUUAAAAAAACGAUCGCAGAGUAUCAGGAAGAAAUAUCCCGUUUGGAACGGGCGAAUGCACGUCUACGAAGACUGCUGGAUUUGGUUUUCAAACCAGAGAUAAAGUUGCAUAGAUUAGCAGACCUCCAGCGGCUCACUGUCUCUGAAGAGAAGGUUAACUCUGGGCAGCAGGAGUGGAGCUCCUAUCUGGGGCCAGUGGAGUCUGAUACCGAGGAGUCUACUUGGAACUCUUUCAACAUCAUAACGGUAGAGAACCAAAAAGAAUCUGAUGGUGACGGCAACAGAGAAUCAGAAUCAACCAGUGACUAUCAGCCCCCCUCGGAAGUAAAUCCAGAAAGUGACAAUGAUGAAAGUAAUGGCGGAAAAGUGCACGGAGUGGAGAAGAGAAUACCUCUGUCGGGGUCAAAGAGACGAAGAGGACGGCCAAGAAAAGAAACCAGUGAGUUGACGGAUCCGAAGUGUGACGUGUGUGUAACAUACUUUGCGACAGCAAGUGGUCUGGAAAGGCACCGGCUUUUAAGGCAUAGUGAAGACAGACCAUACAUGUGCCAUACAUGUGGCCAGUGUUUCGCCUUAAACCGAUACCUGACCCGACACAUGAAGAUUCACACAGUGGAGAGACCACAUCGCUGCACGGUAUGUGGCAAACGUUUCUUUCACAAGGAAAGCCUGAAAAAUCACAUGGUUAAUCUGCAUACAGGGCUGAUUUUUAAAUGUGAUUUGUGUGGGAAAUGCUUGUCGACAAAAGGCCGUCUGAAACUGCAUAGGCAAAAUCACACUGGGGAAAAAUCGCAUCCGUGCAAAGAAUGUGACAAGGCUUUCUACUGCGAGUCAGACUUGAUAAAGCAUACGAGGACUCACACUGGGGAGAAACCGUUUCAGUGCAAAGAAUGUGGCAAGUGCUUCGGCGAGAAGGGAAGCCUGACAAAGCAUAUGAUGACUCACACACAGGAGAAACCACAUUGCUGCAACGAAUGUGGCAGACGCUUCAACCUCAAGGGAAACCUGACAGUGCAUAUGAGGACUCAUACGGGGGAAGGAGUUCAGUGUCAUGUGUGUGGAACUUACUUGAAGUUAGCAGCAAGUCUGAAGAGACAUCUGCGAACUCACAGAAUAAAUAUUGCCAGUGACUGAGAACACAUAACAAUGCACGUUGUGUAAAAUGUGUUGUUGGAAGGUAGAGACUAUAUCAAGAGGACACCCCUCAGGUCACGGCUCUUGCUACAGUCUGAAAUCUGGGAAUCUGUUCAAUGGCCAUUUUUAUGGAACGCUAUCACGUUAUCAAAUUCAAAUCAACUAUUUAUUACGCCCUUUUUACAAACAUUACACUCUCAGGUCCAAGUUAGAAAUGUUCAGAACUGAAUAAGUCUGUGAAGAUAAAUCACAACAA